UUUGAAGUUAUGGCCACGAUGGCAGCAGAAAUACAGGAGAUUACUCGACAGACUUGUGAGGACCUUUUAACACACGGAAGCUUGAUUUCAGAACUCAAAUCCGUUGAUUUAGUGCUGUGUGACAAUACAAACCAAUGUUGCCAUAUUCUUGCUGAUAUGUUGAAUGUAAGUCGCGUAGACGUGUCCAUUCUAGGAUUUUUUAAUCUACUUGGCGUAUACCUAUCUGAUUAUCCACAGGCAUCGGUAUAUGUGACAUUGGGAGCUUCAAUACACUUGCCAAGCGAGAGUAAAUUUUCAUUUAUGAACCGAUUGAAAGGUUUUGUGACCUGUGCUUGCUUUUGGAAUCUUCAUACCUACUAUAAAUCUGAAAUCGACGAUCUCUGGGAAAAGUACGGCAAAGCAAACUCGAAAUUCCCGAGCUCCACAAUCGCACGCCGAACGCACGGUAUUGAACUCGUCCCACACGAUUUUGCACUCGAACAGUCGCGCCCUCUUGGCGCGAAUAUCAAAGUCAUCGGUGCACUUUUACCGGAGCCUGCUCGGAGACUUCCAGAGCAUUUGGAUAAGUAUAUGAGUGCAAAUAAAGUCGUUGUAAUAGUUUCAUUUGGUACAAUUUUCUCGAACUAUCCAUCAAGCCUUGCUCAGACUAUCGCUGAUGAAUUGAGCCAGGUUCCCGCUGCUGUUUUAUGGAAAUACUCUGGUGAAAUGCCGAAAAAUAUUGGUGAAAAUAUCAAGAUAAUUCAAUGGUUUCCAAAAAACGAGUUUUCGUUUAACGACUUAUUAGGACAUUCAUCCACCAAGGUUUUUGUCAACCAUGGUGGGUUGAAUAGCUAUCAGGAAAGUGUGUACCAUGGGGUGCCAAUGGUUGUCAUACCAAUGAUGGGUGACCAACACCGACAGGCAGACUUGAUACAACAUAAAGGACUUGGUGUGGUUAUCCAAUGGACGGAUAUAAUCGCCAAUGGAAAAAUAUUGGGAGAUGCUAUCAACCAGGUGUUGAGUAACAAGGUGUACGUGGAGAAUACCAAAAGACUCUCUGCAAUAAUGAAAGACAGAAAGCGAAGCCCAAGUCAGGAAGGUGCAGAUUGGAUCGAACAUGCUUUACAUCAUGAUGGAGCCUCUUAUCUCACAAGCGAAGCUAUUGAUUUACCACAGUAUAAAUUGCACAUGUUUGAUGUCUUUAUCUUCCUUAUUCUUGUAGUAUGUCUCAUAGUUUAUUUAUUACUACGUAUGUGCUACUGUUUAUUGGGUGCUUGUGCCAAAAGGAUGCAGGUUAAAGAGAAGCAGACCUAAUAACCCUGGCGAAUAAUGUCAGCUGUUCAAAUUAAAAUACAUUUAUGCCUUUAUCUCACUGCUAGUUUGAUUAAGAAAAUAUAUGGAAGUCUUUAAUUGCCAAUAGAAAUGUAUUGCAAGAUGCUAUUAGCAAGGUGCUAAAUAACAAAGUUUAUGUGGAGAAUACUAUAAACGACUUUCAACAAUAAUGAAAGACCGAAAGCAGUAUUCAUUACUACGUUUGUGUUACUGUUUAUUGGGUGCUUGUGGCAGAAGAAUGCAUGCAGGUUAAAGAGAAGCAGACCUAAUAACCCUGGCAAAUAAUAUCAUCUGUUCAAAUUAGAAUACAUUGAUGCCUUUAUAUAAUAUGUAUUUUUACAGUCUGUUAAUAUGAAUAUUAGCCCCCACUAAACAUUUCUCGUCGCCACUAUCCAAAUUUGUUGCUUCACUAGGUUAUUCAUAUACUAGUUUGUCAUUCAAAAUCCGCUUCCGUUGACUUGUCACAAUUCAAAAGAAAAUUAGGCAAAAAAAUUUUCGCUUGAUCGAGGUAUUCGCCCAGUGGAAAACCGGCUUUGCCUCAGUGAACUGCAAUACAAUGAUAGGGUCUCUAAAAUCCUAUAAUUUGUAUACUAAAUGACCCGCUUUAAAAGUUUUAUACAAGGUGGAUAAACAAACGCAACAGUAAAUAUUCAUGAAUAUUCGCUUCCUAUUCGCUCACAAAAGAUCGAAUAUUCAUGUUUUUUGGAUACACCCUGUGCAACCGGCCGCUGGAAUACGAUUGGAAAUGUAGUCUAGGCUCUAGCCCUAGGGAACUAAAAUCUUAUUUACUUUGAGGUCAAUGUGGUUUCUUGAGAAAUUCCAAAGUUACAUUUUUAUACACUCGGCAGAUAAGUGAUAUAUGUAAAUAUAUAUAAUGUUGAAGUAGUUGACAUGCACUGAAGGACGUUUGCGACGUUAUAUUCAGUUAUGUAAAUGUACAAACAUACAAGUUCUUCAUUGUUAUUGGCUAGAUUUAUAAUGAUUGCAAAUGACACGAUGUGGGAU